AUGAGCAACAUAAAAAGGAACAACAAGACAACUGUGUCUGAAUUUAUCCUUCUGGGUCCCCCUGUACCCUCAGAAUAUCAGGGUUUGUUCUUCACCUUAUUUCUGGUCAUGUACCUGGCCACCAAUGGGAAUCUGCUCAUCAUUCUGCUCAUCAGAAUGGACUCUCGUCUCCACCUCCCCAUGUACUUCUUCCUUAGCCACUUAGCUUUCACUGAUGUAUCUUUCUCAUCUGUCACUGUGCCCAAAAUAUUAAGGGACACACUGAGUAACCACAAGUCUAUCUUCUAUGCAGGAUGCAUUGCACAGAUGUAUUUUUUAUGGUUUGGUUGUGUUGACAAUUUACUUCUUGCAGUGAUGACAUAUGACAGGUAUGUGGCCAUCCAUCAGCCACUCCACUAUGCCACCAUCAUGAGGCAUGAAAAAUGUAUCUCAUUUGUUUCUGCAUUCUGGAUCUACUGUUGUCUCUGCUCUUUCUUGCACAUCCUCCUCUUGGUCCAAGUGUCUUUUUAUCAUGACAUUACUAUUCCCCAUUUCUUCUGUGAACUACUCUUAAAGAUGAACUGUUCAGACAUCUCACUUAAUGAGCUGGUUCUCUUCAUUGAGUCUGGAAUAAUUGUUUUCCUGCCUUUUGUCACUAUUAUGGGUUCUUAUAUUUGCGUAUGGGCCACUGUCCUGAGGAAUCCCUCUGCUAAGAGAUUCUUUAAAGUCCUUUCUACCUGUUGUUUCCAUCUUCUUCUUGUGUCUUUAUUCUAUGGAACCAUUGCAGAAGUUUACUUUUUCUCCUCUUCUUCUAUCUUCAGUAAUAAAGAUAUAGUUGCUUCUGUCAUGUAUAUGAUAGUUACUUCUAUGCUGAACCCUUUUAUCUAUAGUCUGAAAAACAGAAAUAUAAAACAGGCUCUAACAUUAUUUGUUAACAAAUAUAAUGCAGACUUUCCAGACCACUUUAGUUCUGCAUUACACAGAAGUUAUAGGAACAGCAUGAAGAGAGUGAAUGAGACCACUGUGUCUGAAUUCCUCCUCCUGGGGCUCCCCGUAACACCAGAACAUCAGGGUUUAUUCUUUAUCCUCUUUCUGAUUAUGUACUUGGCCACAGUUCUGGGGAACCUGCUCAUCAUUCUGCUUAUCAAAAUGGAUGUUCGCCUCCACACCCCAAUGUACUUCUUCCUCACUGCCUUGGCUUUGACUGAUGUGUUUUUCUCAUCUGUUACUGUACCCAAAGUGCUGGUGGACAUGCAGAGUAAUCACAAGUCUAUCCCCUAUGCAGGAUGUGUUUCACAGAUGUAUUUUUUCAUAUGGUUUGGUUGUCUGGACAACUUUCUACUUGCUGUGAUGGCUUAUGACAGUAAUAAAGACAUAGUUGCCUCUGUAAUGUAUAUGAUUGUCACCCCUAUGCUCAACCCUUUCAUCUAUAGCUUGAGAAAUAGAGAUAUGAAACAUGCUUUGAGAACAUUUGUUAAUAGAAUUAAGGUGACACCUUCAACAAGUGACACCCAGGAGACUCGCCUGGGCCUCCCAGCACUACUAGAAAUGUCUUACUGUUAA